AUGCGUGUCAUCUCAAAAGUGCUUCAUUUAGCAGGAUGGUUGGUGGGCGAUUCUCCCGUUGUUGAGAGCCCUGUCAAGUCUCCCAUCAUCAAUCAGGAUUCGGAGCUGUCCGAGCCCCCUAGGGCUGAUGGGAGUGCUGUACAGCAGAGGGCCUUCAAGGGUCUUUCUGGGCAGCCUAUUGUCACAGCUGAUGACUCUGUUAGUUGUACUGCUCAUAUGGACGCAUCUCGUACCGCCCCUGCUCGAGGGAGUAGCAGCACCGACUCGGCCGACUCGGAUAAUGGUCGUCGCCAAAAGAGCCUCUCUGGGGACCGUCGCCGCGAGUCUAGUCAUGAUGACGAGAUCAGACGCGAACCCAGGCGGGAUCGAUCCAGGUCCCGAUCAACUCCUCGUCGCUACGGUCGGGCUGAAAUCACCCCUGCCAGGGCAACUACUGAGGGCGGAUGCGCAUCUCGCAUCUGGAUCGGAGGCCUCCCUUCUGACGUUCGUGAGGCCGAACUGGAGGACAGGUUCGGCAAAAUUGGCCGGGUCGUUGGCGUCAAGAUCUGCCAGUCGUCGAGAGACACGUACGCCUUCCUCCAGUUUGACUCGGAAACCGCAGCUGCCGAUGCUAUAGAGGAUGUCGAUCAAACCAAGUUUGGUGGGUUCACCAUUAAGGUCGCUCAUGCUACUCGACAAUCUACCGAGAAUCGUCGUCCCAAUGACUCCUACAAUAGGGACUGGAGGCGACCCUCCUAUGGUGGGGGGCGUUGGAAUGGCGGCGGCAACUAUAACGAGGGGUACUCUUCUGGUAACAGGAGGAGUUAUGACAGGCGUGGCAGUGGCGGCGAUUGGUAUAGGGAAGAUUCUCGUGGGGGCCGCAGAGACGACUAUGGGAGGGACAUUGCAGCUCGUCGAGACUACCCUGAUUACAGCCCACCGUCAAGUCGUUCGAGAGCUGCUGAGCCCCAAGGGUCCUGGGACCGUGAGGGCGGCCGUGGUGGCCGUCGUGUAGAGGGCGAUAACGGCGUCAGCUUUUACGGUGAUAGGGAGUCCUCUCGCCCGGGCCGCUAUGGUGGAGCCCCUAGGGGCGCGGUACAGCUGAAACUGGAGAACCUUCCAGAGGACAUGAGCUGGCAGGAGCUCAAACAACUAGGCAAGGACUAUGGCAGCUCUUGUUCGUUCGCCAGAACCUUCCGGGAGGGCCGAGUAUGCUGCGGUGUGCUGGAGUACACUGAUUCCGCACAGGUUGACGAUGUUAUUAAGGCCUUGGACAAUAGACGUAUUCAGGGGUGUACCGAGCGUCUUCGCGUCACUAGAAAUGAGGGAUCUCGCAAUACUGGUGAUGACGAUGACAGCUCGUAUGAUAUAAAAAGAUACGACAGGGCCCCUCGUGGUGGUAUGCGUUAUUAA